CCCCCCCCCCCGUGGAGAUUGGGGGGCAGGUUUGGGGCCCUGGUGCCAGCCCAGGCCCAGGCGCUGGGCCCUUGCUGGCACUGGGUGGCGAAUGGGACACGGGGCUUCUCCCCUAGGCACCGAGCCCCUCUGGCCCCCGCUGGCAGAGGUCUCCCAGGCCUCUGCGUGCAGCCAGGUGCUGGGUCCUCAGCCGGACAGGGCUGUGCCUCAGCGUGCAGACACUGAGCUCCGCCAAGGGGCCGUCGGCGCAGGCCGCACUGCAGCCAGAGGUGCGGCGGGAGGGCAGGGAUCUCCUCGCUGCUGACACACUGGGACUGUCCGGCCUCUCUGGCCAGAAUUACGUUCUCUCCUAGCAGGGCUUUUUCUAGUCCGGGAAGAUGUCGAAUGAGGAGUUUGAGGACGACUACAAUGCCAACGAACCGGAAAAGGAGGGGGAGGAGGGGGAGGAAGAGAAGGAGCCAACAGAGGAGGAGGAGGAGAGCUUGACUCCCCGCCUUCUGACAGAGGAGAUAAUGAAGGAAGGCCUCUCCCUCUUGUGUAAAACAGGCAACGGCUUGGCUCAUGCCUAUGUGAAACUAGAGGCAAAGGAAAAGGAUCUGACAGAUAUCAGCCUUCUCCAGAACUACAUUCACUUACGUUAUGUGGAUUUGUCAGAGAACCUGCUGCGAGAUCUGUCUCCUCUGGGCAGCCUCAUCCACCUGCUGUGGCUGAAGGUGGAUGGGAAUCGGCUGACCAGUCCCUGCCUGCCAGAGCUGCCCUACCUGCAGAUUGCCAGUUUUGCUCACAAUCGUAUCAAGGACACAGAGGGCAUUACCCACCCACGUCUGGGCAGCCUCAGCCUUAAAGGGAAUGAAAUCCAAGUGAUAUCAGGUCUGGAUCCAGGGAAACUGACAGACCUGCACACGCUGGAGUUGCGAGGAAACAGGCUAGAGACCACAGCAGGGCUGCACCUGCCAAAGCUCAAGAAUCUUUACCUGGCCCAAAACUCCAUUACCCGGCUCGAGGGCCUGGAGGAUCUGGUGCAGCUCACGACCCUGCAUCUACGUGACAACAGGAUCGAGACCCUGGAUGGCUUCUCUAAGAGAAUGAAGUGCCUGCAGUACCUCAAUCUGCGGGGGAAUGUGGUUCUGAACCUUCAAGAGAUGGCAAAGCUGCAGGUGCUGCCCAUGCUGCGGGCGCUGGUGCUAAUGGACAAUCCCUGUUUUGAUGAAGGGGGAUACCGGAUGGAGGCUCUGGUGCUGCUUCCCCGUCUGGAGCGUCUCGACAAGGAUUUCUAUGAGGAAGAUGAGCGGACAGAGGCUGAUGACAUACGGCGGAGACGUCAAGAUGAGGAACAGGAAAUGGAAGAAUCUGUCCUGGGGGAAAUGACAGAGUGACCUGCCAGCUGCCCCUAAAGUCCGUCAGGACUUCGUGGGGCAGGAGUCGGUGGGCUAGGGAGCAGGUGCAGUGUUCUAUGGAUAUAUGUAUUUGGCUCUGAGAGACCCUUCCUCUGCCCCACAGUCACUGUCUCCUGGGAGAGGUUGGCAUCAGACACGCACUUGUGCUGCCCAGGGAAAUGCCAUUCUGUUGCAGUCGGUGCAGCUGGCUUUGCUCCUCAGAGGCCCACAAAGGAGGGGGCAGUUAGUUUGAAUUGUCAGUUUGAAUUGUGCAGUCUGAAGCUCCUGCAAUAUUUUCUGCUUUGAAUAAAAAAUAUUAAUGAA